GCAGCAGAAGUUCAAUGGCACUUACAACCCUAUGACUAAUGUGCUGAGUUGUCCCUAUGGGUAUGAAUAUUUCAGAGAUCACCCAUGCUGGAAUUGAGCAGUGGUUCACAAGGAACACCGAGGUCUGAAAUUCACUAUUGGCUGUUGGUUGAACAGCCCUCCCCCUGCAAGCUCACAUCCAAAGAUCAGUGAGGACAUUAUCCUUAUGGCACCCCUCUCUUGAGAUGCUCAUUUCCACUUCCUCCUCUUCGUGAGUAAAUAGUUUGAAGGAAUCGCAUUCCUCUCUGUUGAGCCUGCUCUGUGUGAUAAAUACCAAUUAGUAGCAACAGCUAAGAACUACAGUUUCUGUCCCUACCAGGAAAUAGUUGGAACUAGGCAAGAAAAAGUGAUGAUGGAAGCAGUAACAGUGUUAAACGCUGUUCACUCUUGCAGAGCUCUCUGCAGUUCCAGCUCUGCUGGAACUAGGUGUUACUGAGAAAAAGCAUGUGUUGCUUCACCUGAGAAGGGCAAACAAGGAUAACUGGGAGGCAGAGGUAGUAUUCCCUGUUUUUCCUCCUGUGAAAAAUAGAUCUGGAGAGUUAUGAUAGUAACACGCUCAGUUCUCAGAGCUUAGUUUGCAAUAGGGCACUAUUUAUGGGCUGAGUAACAGAUUGGGGCCACAUUUGCAUAAGAAAGAUCGAUGCCGCUGUAAAUUACAUCUUGCUCUCUGCAAUACCAUAAUUACACACUUUAUGGUCUGUAAACAACAUGCUUAAAGACAACUGAGCCCAAGUACAUGCUAACCUAUGUGUGUCUUCAUCUUAGCCAUGCAAGCAAAGCCUGUUACUGGUUGAGGGCACUGUGUAGCAACAGAGUUGGAGUAAUUUUUAGAUUUAGUACAACAGGAUUAAAUCUGGACUGCUGGGUUUUUGCCAAAUUCCACAGUAACCCUUACUGCUUUUAACAAAUACCUUUGACCCAUUCAGUUGCACUGGCAGUAGCUAUUUUGUGCUCCAGCCAUGAGUUGGUGAAUUAUAAAAACUACUUACUUUUAGGGGUGUUGGUGGAUUUUUUGUUCUCAGAUACAACGAUGAAAAACUUACCUGCAGAAUCAGUGUAUUCCACGUGCUUAACUGAGUAACAGCAUGCACAUAGACGUGGGGAACAGUGCCAGCACUAACAGUGACAUGGCACUGGCUUCACAUGACUUGUCUGGGAGGGGACAAGCAGCUCCUGCUUGGAAACACACCCCUAUUGCCCUUGCCUAAACCCUCAUAAAGUUUCGACAGGAGAUGUGAAAAGUGAGGAGCUGAACUCUGCUCUGAACAGACAAAAAGGACCUCUCCUAGGCUACCAUCAGCAGGUGGUGAGAAAGAACAGGCAGCCAGAGUUCAAGGGUGCUUGAAAAGAUAUGAUAGAGACUUUGAGGAAGUCAUUAAAAGGCAGUGUCAUGUCUGUGUGAAGUCCAUUGUCAGCUUUUCUAGGAACAGGGGUUCCCCUAAAACUGUGCAGUGCUUGGUAGGACAUCAAACACCACUUCUGGUCCUGUGUCUGUCUACACAGAAAUGCGGCUGUUCAGGUGACCAGUUUAUUCCUCCUUUCUGAAACGCUGCAAGCCUCCCAAGAAGCUUCCCUCCAUUAUCAAGAUGGAAACAGACUCUGGAUAUUCCUCCACAGCUGAGCUGCAGAAGCAGGGAAAGAAGCUCUCGGAUGCCUUGAGGAUCAGUGCCUACGUCUUCAGUACAGGCCUGCUCAGCUUCACUGCCUUAGUGAACAUUGCUUCUUGGUUUAUGCAAUAUAUAACUUUAGGCAAUUUCUGGCAAACAGCAUGGUUGGAGUUCUAUGACCAUAUGGAGGGAGAUGAGUGGACAAUCUUCCUCGUUGGGGCUGCAUUGGUGCCUGCACUUGCUUUCUGGGGCUUCAAUGGAAUCCUUCUGGUGGCUGAUGUAACAGGAAAGCCAACUUUCAUUACUCGCUAUCGCAUUCAGCUGGGCAAGAAUGAUCCUGUGGACAGAAAAAAACUGUGGAAAGCCAUCUACACAGCCCUGGGUAAUCAGCUCUUUGUCUCCUUUCCCAUGCUUGUGCCCAUGUUCUACAUCAUGAAAUGGUGGGAAAACACCUUCAGCAAGGAAUUACCAACAUUCCAAUGGUUUCUUGUGGAGCUAAGCAUUUUUACUGUAAUAGAGGAAAUUCUCUUCUAUUAUACACACAGGCUUGUUCACCACCCAGUGCUGUAUAAGCACAUUCACAAGAAGCACCACGAGUGGACAGCCCCCAUCGGUGUGGUCUCCAUUUAUGCUCACCCAAUAGAGCACAUAGUCUCCAACACUCUGCCUGUCAUGACUGGCCCAAUGAUCAUGGGAUCUCAUAUUGUUUCAGUCUCAGCAUGGUUCUCCAUUGCUCUUGUAACAACAAGCAUUUCUCACUGUGGCUACCACCUGCCCCUCCUGCCAUCUCCAGAGUUCCAUGAUUUCCACCACCUCAAGUUCAAUCAGUGCUACGGAGUGCUGGGAGUGCUGGAUUUUCUGCACGGCACGGACAAAAUGUUCAGACAGACCAAAGCCUUUGAGAGACACAAGGUCCUGCUCAGCUUCACACCACUCUCUGUAAGCAUCCCAGACCCACCCAAGAAAGAUGAGUGA